UGAGAGAAACAAAACGUGACAAGGCACCCGAAGCGUCCUGUUAUGCAACUGCUGACCUACUAACAUACAUUUCUAAACAGAAGGAGCGAGCGGCAGGAUAUUGUAGCGCCUCGCCAACAAAACACAAGGAAUCAGGGCAAACGCGCACGGGCUGCGCAAUCCACGCGUAAAAAUCAGCCACCGCGAAUCACUUUGCCUGUUUUAUCCCAACCACCGAGGCUUAUACAAAGGGUCCACGAGAGUAAUUCAAGCCCACGGACGCCAGAUAUAUUGGAUACACUCAAACGCCUUUCAUCAAACGACCGACUGAAGCCGGAGAGAACGUCAGCUUUUCUGACCAAGAGACUCACGGGCCACGGCAGACAGAGUGACCUAUAUCCUCCAAGAAGCCCUAGGCACUGGGACGCAUCCUGGUCAGUUUAGGAGAGCCAAGGAAUAAACUGAAAACAAACAAAAGGGCACAGAGUCCUCUAAAAGAAGUAGCCACCUUCUGCAUACUUCAGGAUUUUUGCCUCUCUGUUUCACUUCUUUGGGAUUUUGAAUCAGUCGGACACAGCCAAAGUUUAAGACAAACUUUACAAACUGAGUUUGUUUUUAGCCCGAGACACUUAUCAAUAAAAUCAAUGAGGUUCAGCUUUCCUGGAACUACAGUACCUCAUCAAGUUUUUGCUGAUCCGGCUACUUAGUCGAAAAGUUCAAGACUACCAUACUUAUCUUAUCAGGUUUCUUGUACACAUCUUUCCCCUUCACCCCAUCCCUGCUUUUCAUUCUUUUUUUGUUACCGGCGGUGUAGCCAAGAUCCGGAAACUGGCUCCCAUCGGGGAACAAUGGAAAGUUUAAACAUACAAAUCUCCCCAAGCACGAGCACAAUAUCUGAAAACUCGGACGGCUUUCCACCCUACAGCGACCUUCUCCAUUCACCCCAAAUCAACCCUCGCCAGGGUCGCAUUCACAAACCAAAGCCGAACAUGAGCUGCCGACGCAAACGCGAAUUCAUCUCGGACGAGAAGAAAGAUGCGUCCUACUGGGAAAAGCGACGCAAGAACAACGAGGCGGCCAAGCGUUCCCGGGAGAAGCGGCGCAUCAACGACAUGGUCCUGGAGACCAGAGUUAUGGCGCUAAAUGACGAGAACGUUCGCCUAAAAACAGAGCUUUUACAACUUAAGCUCAGGUUCGGCCUCAUUAGCACGGCCUCCUACGUGGAAAAGAGUCAGCAGAUUGGUGCAACAGGAGGCAGCUCAACAUCUUCCCCGACCCCCAAUCACUUUUACCCCAAUAACUACAGUGUUUCUCAGAUGAUGCUGAACUCUGAUUCUUCUGAAACCGAGCAGUCUGUUCGAGGGGAGGGCCACGUCAACAUGGUGAAAUACUCUCCGCGGGGGUCCCUGUCGGAUAUGUCUGACAGCUCCUCGCGAGACAGCCCAGAGCCAAUGGCUUACAAAAUCAAGCAGGAACGAGGACUAGAAAUGGACAUUGUGGAUUGCAGCACCACACAGCUCAUGUUCAACAUUCAUCCCAGGUUGCCUGCAGUACAUCACCAGCAAACUUUCGAACCAAGUUAUCCCAUCAACCAACAGAUACACCGCCACGAGGCGAUUGUAAGUCCCGUCAUCCCUCAGCCAGCGCAAAGAAGUGUCAUCCUAUACCGUUCCAGCAGUGCCUCGUUUCCUGUGGAAAAUCAAGGGACCCAGGAACUAACUCGCAAGCAACAGCAGCAUCUUUCUCAGCCUACGGAGGGACGAACCGGAAGUCCUACAAUCUUGGCAGAAGUGACCAAGCAUUUGGAGAGGAAGACUCUGGACUCUCCUCCUUUUGACUAUGCAGAUGACGAAGCGGUCAAAAGGAAGUCUUACAUCGUCCAGCAACCGAGCCACAGGGUCGAUGCAUCUGCCCCAGACCUUCUGCUAACACCAGCGGAGGUCGAUGAAACACAGAUGUACCGUCAAUCUAACGGCACCUUGGAGGACGACGAGCCACCGGUGUUGACCUUUGAAGGAGGCUUGAGACAAGAAAGCUACUACCAUCCGCACUCAGGCAAGGACACUUCCUCAAGUGACGGGGAUCCCCGUAGCUCUGAUAAAGAGGGCUCCACUGAUGAUGAAGAGUCCCCCUCAUCUUCUUGCUCUGAUACCGGCAUCUACCACCCUCAUGUAUUCAUGACCCAAAGCUCAACGAGCCAGUGCAAAGACGGAGAAAUCAGAGGCACAGCCCUACCCCACAAACUGAGACUCAAGCACAGAGCUCAGGGGAACGGCAGGACGGCAUCCCAAGACAUGCCGACGACACCACCCACCAACGUCCAUACGUUACCUCAGCACCCCUACUUGGACCUGUCUCAAUCUGGCCACCAGCAACACGUCGACAGAGAAAAAGACAGCAGGUCAAUCGAAGGGUUUUGCAAGCAGGUCACCUCAACAGAGAGAGGAAGGAUCGAAUGCGGAAAGAAGGAUUCCAGCACGCGUAACAGUUGUAACCAGAGACACGACUGAACGGAAGCGAGACUUGCAGGGACAUUCAAUGAACUAUAAAAACACAGUUUUUUUUCAUCUUGAGGUCCUGCUUUGACCCUUUACCCAUACCCUGUUUGAAUGCCCAGGGAUGACAGAACUGGACAUUAGGACAAAACCUGAUGCUGUGUAUUAUAAUGUAUAGAUCUACUUGGUUUGAUUUGAUUUGUUUGUUUGUUCUUCUGUUUAAGGUUACUGUGGCACUUUUACAAAUAAAUGAAAUCGGAUGUAAUGCUUUUGAUCGUAUGUUUCUAGUGCUACAGCAAGAUGUCACAGACAUUGUAAAUUCAACAGCAAUAUCUACCCUUAUCUAUUCUUCUUUGUAAAUAGAUGACUCUAAGUGCCCCAUUUAUAGUUUGUGGCCACUGUUACACCCUUGGUAAAUUGGCUUUUCACCAUCUUUAAGCAUACCAAAUGCCGGAAGAUUCAGGGAACACUUCCUUGACCAAAGAUACAUGGUUAUUUGUGUUCAUACCUCUCUUCGUUCCCUACCUCCACGUCUGUACCCACAUUCAACAACCCAGCCUAGUUCCCUCAAACGUCAGCAACUUUUUUCUUGUUUGAGCACUCGAUUUGUUUGUAUAAAAAGUGACAUAAUAUAUAUGAAUAUAUUUUUAGGACGAAAACAAAAAGAUUACAUAAAAUGAACAGCGUUCAGAUACUAAUGAAUAUGUCAUUGUCGUAAAUACUGUGUAGUUUAAUGUUAAGAUGUAUAAUGUUAAGUCUCCAUCUCAGUGUGUUUGCUGUUUGAAAUGCCACUUAAUAUAAAGUCUUUUUUACUUUUAAAACUUGCUAUCGGAUACGUUUUUUAGAAACUCUCAUUUUGUAGGAAAAUGACAAAAUGCCCCGAAGCCUUUACAGAUACAUUAGCAGGUCGGUGUUAGCUUCAUGUUAUAGUAACACAAACAGUUUGUGGUUGUUGCUCACUGAAAUGUCUGGUCCGCAAACACUACUUGGUGUAUUAUUGAAAAAGAAGUCCUCCCCCAGAUAAUGUUUAACCCUUUAAAACCCACGAAAAAUGUGUAUUCAGUUGCCUUUAUAUGUAGCCACCCUAUUAAUUUUUUUCCUUAGACAUGCACUGAUGUAAAAACGUCACUUCAUCACUUGUUUUAGAGAAAUAUAUAUAUAUUUCUAUAGCAUCUAUAGAUGAGAAACCAAAUUUGUUUUCCAGACUUUCCACAGAAUAACAGAGAUUCUUCUCUAGUCAGAAACUACAUGUUUUUCAUGCUAAAAGAGGUCUAUAAGUCCUUCAUGUGUGGCUCGAUUUAGAAUCACAAACCCCUUUUAAUAUUUGUCAGAUUAAUUUAUGGCACUUGUGUAUAAUUGUAAAAUAUUUCCUCACGACACUGUGUUGUGUUUUUGAACUGUUUGGGGGCCACGUGUUGUCCUGUUUAUCACUAGCAUCAUCUUUACUUCCUGUUUACUGCGAUUGUGUUAUUGCUCAUUACGAUGUCACUACAACUUUGCCAUUUCAGUGUGUUUCAAAAUGAGUGAUGUUUGAUGUUUUUUUAACAAACAAAAAAAAAUAUGUACAGAAAUGUGAGCAAGGCUUAUUUCGGUGUUCUCGUGUGGACUGUGAGUGACACCGCCGGUUCUGCUGCUCUGUUUUCAAAAGGAUGCAUAUUGUAAAAACACUAAUUUUCAGUGGUAGCUUUGGGUGCAUUUAAAAAAAAACAAAAAAAUAAUAAAAUGAUGUUGAAAUUUU